CGGGGCCUGACUGCAAUCCGAUACGUAGCCAAACGCGAAUUUGGUGUAUAAAAGGCAACCGAGACCCGGCCGGCCUCUGUGCACUAUGACAGAUGUUUUAUCGGAACUUAAAUUGAUUUAUUUUAUUUUUGUGUUUAUUUUGUAAAAGUUUUGAAAUAAUAAAAAACAAAAAAAUCAAACAAAAUAUUGAAAUAUUAAAAAGCCUGAAACUAUUUUAAAGAAAUCAGUGCCAGAUGUGUAUUCGAGUGUAAAUAAUAGAUUUUUGGAAAUGGACGGAUUAAAUGAAAUUUUUAAUUUUGGGCCAAGAUAUGCGGCUCAAUAUGCAAAUGAAUCUGUUCUGGAUCGAGUCACUCCCGACAUGGCUCAUCUGGUCAAUCCCUAUUGGAGUCGAUUCCCACCCAUGGAACCAAUAUGGAAUCAAAUCUUGGGAGUUUUCACCUUCAUCAUUAUGAUCAUCUCGUGCGUGGGUAAUGGCCUUGUUGUCUACAUCUUCGGUGGCACCAAAUCCCUACGCACGCCUGCCAAUAUGCUUGUCAUCAACUUGGCCUUCUCCGAUUUCUGCAUGAUGCUUACCCAAUCACCCAUCAUGAUUAUCAAUUUCUAUUACGAAACUUGGAUUCUGGGCCCGCUCAUGUGCGACUUCUACGCCCUCUGUGGCUCAAUGUUUGGUUGUGUUUCGAUUUGGUCAAUGUGCAUGGUUGCCUUUGACAGAUACAAUGUCAUUGUGAAAGGAGUCUCUGGCACACCAAUGACCAUUAAGCUAGCUACCAUGAAAAUUCUAUUUAUUUGGACGUUUGCAACUCUGUGGACAGUAACACCCAUGCUCGGAUGGAGUCGUUACGUACCAGAAGGAAAUCUGACCGCAUGCAGCAUCGAUUAUAUGACAAGAGACUGGAAUCCCAGAUCGUAUCUCAUCAUGUAUUCCUUGUUCGUUUACUACACGCCAUUGUUUCUCAUAUGUUUCUCCUAUUGGUUUAUCAUUGCGGCUGUAUCGGCCCACGAGAAGGCAAUGCGGGAACAGGCUAAGAAGAUGAACGUCAAGUCCUUGCGUUCUUCGGAGGACACGGAAAAGAGUGCCGAAGCCAAGCUGGCGAAAGUGGCUUUGACAACCAUCUCACUGUGGUUCGCCGCAUGGACACCGUAUCUGGUGAUAUGCUACUACGGAUUAUUCAAAAUCGAUGGUCUUACCCCGUUUGCAACCAUUUGGGGUGCCACAUUUGCAAAGACUAGUGCUGUUGUUAAUCCCAUUGUUUACGGGAUAAGUCAUCCGAAGUAUCGAAUUGUGCUGAAGGAAAAGUGUCCUUGCUGUGUGAUGGGAUCGACAGAGGAAAAGGCACCAGCUGCUGCUGCUGGUGGUGGUGGUUCUGAUGGAAAUGCCGAUACAAAUACUGAAGCUGAAAGUAAAGCGUAAAUUGAAUCUAUAGAGUUCCUAUUAAUUAAAAAAAAAAAAUAUACUUGCAUCAG